CUCAGGUGGUCGAGUGUUCUUGAGGAAAACCUGCCGCCGUAAAGGAGACGCUGAGGGAGCCACAGGUGAGACCUUGUUGGGACGGAGCUCAGCGAACCAGGUAAGGACACAACAUGAUUUAUUGACACUCUAUGAGAGUCUGCUGGUCUCUGUUAAAUGAAGAAGCUCAUUUACUUUCUCACUCCAGAGACUGUCGUCUUCACGAGAAGGACGUCUGUAUUCAUGUCGCGUAAUGAAGCUUCUUCUUUGUGUCACGCUGACUCUGAGUUGAGAUGAAUGUGCAGCUCCUCACGGUGUGUGUGAGACAAUGCAGAGGAAACACUCGUUUACACACAAUUAAACGCCGUCAGACAAUAAAGUAAAAGGUACAAAAAUAAAGCUUAUCAAGAAAAUAUUUAAUUAAAGACCGAACAAACGGAAUAAUGUUUCAUUUUAAGCGCGUGAGAAACCUGGAAAGUCAAAUUUGACUUGAUGUGAUGUGAGUGAGCUGAAGCAGAAAACAGACACACGCCGUUGUUGUUGUUGUUGUUUAUUAACGGGACAUUAUCUCGCUCUGUUUACAGCUCUGACGAGGACUUUGAUUACCUGCCGCUGAUUACAACCUUCUCAGGGCACUCAUGACGUCACCAGACGAGCGCGCCCUGGAGGAGCUGCUGUGCGGCAGUGACCUUGGUGACGAGGCGGAGGGGGCGGGGCUUAGCGGCGGCGGCCCGGCGGGGCCGCGGGACGGUGCGGCUGCAGACCACGUGACCAUGACAGCGGCGGAGGAGACUCCCGCGGCCGUGUCCCUCCGGGGGCCGAUGACGUGCGCCGGCUGCGGCGAGCAGGUGUGCGACCGCUUCUUCCUAUUGGCCGCGGGCGGCGUGUGGCACGGCGCCUGCCUGCGCUGCAGCCGGUGCCGCUGCGAGCUGCAGACGCACGCCUCGCUGUUCUGGAGGGAGGGGAACAUCUACUGCCAGCAGGACUACUGCAGGAUGUUCGGAGGCGGCCGGUGUGCGCGAUGCUUCCAGCCAAUCCCAGCGUCCGCUUUGGUCAUGAGGUCCGGGGAGCUGACCUUUCACCCUCACUGCUUCUCCUGCCAGGAGUGUGACGUGACGCUGACACCAGGGAACCUGUACUGCCUCCAGGGCCACAACCUCUACUGUCAGUCCCAUUACCAUGGCGACGAGGGCGGAGUCCAGCGGCCACGUGACCUCCAGCCCAACCCCAACCUGAGAGAAGCUCUGAAUCCGGUCUCAGGAGACGGGGAGGAGUCGGUCAGCAGUCCUGAGCCCCGAUUGGAUGACGGGGAGGCGUGUGGGCGGAGCCACCGCCGGACGAAGCGAAUCAGGACGUGUUUCCGCAGCGAGCAGCUCAGGGCGCUGGAGUCCUACUUCGCCCAGAAGCACAACCCGGACGGGAAGGACUGGAACUGCCUCGCACACAAGACCGGCCUCCCCAAGAGAGUCCUGCAGGUGUGGUUUCAAAACGCUCGCGCCAAACUGAGACGCUCCGUCACGGCGGACGACUCUCAGGUCAACUCGCCCUCAGCUCCCCUUGGAGGCGUGGCCAUGGCGACCGAGUCCCCGCCCCUCUCCCCACCGGACCAAUCGCAGGCCUUCUCCUCGGCCAGCACCAUCGACCACCUGCAGCUCUCCCUGCUGACCGCGCCGCUCGGCGAGCCUCCCGGGAGUCCGGCCGCCGGCCCGCCGCAUCCGCUGCAAAACCCCACCUUCUUCCCGGACUGCGAUUCCCACAAUGCACCGGGGUGCAUGUCCUCCCUGGAGGCCUACGAGGACCUUUACGAGGCAGGAGGAGGAGCAGAGGGCGAAGUAGAUCCUCAUGGUUCUUUUAGACCACAUUACUGCUAGUAGGGGUCUGUGCGCGGACAGAUUUUCAAAGUAAGAGAACAGCAAAAGAUUUUAGUUAAACGCUUUUAAUGUGAAACAACAGAAAAUGAGUAGGAUUCGUUUUUAGUUUUUUCCUGAUCAUCAGUCACUGAAUAAAUAAAUAAAGCUCUGACAACACAGAUUGAUGAACGUAUCAAUACAUAAAUGCUGCAUCGCUUCCUU